GGGCCUGAAGUUUGAAGAGGAGCCGCGGGUGGCUGGUCUAGUCUCGUUGAUUCCUGCGUAGAUGUGAACUUUCCCACUCUAACGCGGAAGUUUGGCGUGAGGCUGGGUGUCUGAUAAGUUUAGUUUUCAAUGUGAAGGAAGUUGAAAGGCAGCGGGGGUGUUCGGGGAUUGAAUCCACCCCCAGGUUAAUGAUAUUUCCAGCCUGCAGUCCUGCGCUCAGUACAAAAGUUUUGCGGUGACACGAGGGACGCGAAAUCUGGAAGAGUUUCUCUUUCACAAGCGGCGUCUCACGCUGUCAGCUGGACUUUUGCAGCUUUUCACCAGAAAUGGUUGGCAGGUUGAACUUGCUAAAUGUAAUCGACGGAGAUCCUCUGGGUAUGAGUUGCAGCAGGACUGAUAGAGGACUCGAUAGCCCGGACUCUGGGCUACCCCCGAGUCCGAGCCCCAGCGCCUGGUUGCAGCCUGCGUGUGCAGAGAAAGCCGGUGGUGUGAGCCCGGUGUCUGAGGAUGAAGCAAGGGCCUCUCUGAUUUCAGUUUUACUGCCUGGAAAUGUCCCACAGCUGCAGCUUCUAUCCUUUGGAGAAGGCAUAGCACUUGAUGUAUUACCAUCAAAGGAACUCAGAUACACCUCGUUUGUUAACUAUGACUCUGACCGUCACUUCAUCCAAAAUGUGGCCCUCCAGCCAUGGGGCCAGGGCCUCGAACAUUGCCAGCAGACAAUCUUGGUCCUGCCGCACAGCACCUGGCGCCACUACAAGACCCAGCUGGACUUCCAGCCCCGCCAUCGACCCCUCCGCUACAGGAGCACCACCAUCAUCUACCCCAAGAAAACCAGCACGGUCUACGUAACAGAGCUGAACUACGACUCCCACCGGCUGUCCAGGCGUUUCUUGUCCAGUGUGGAGCUGGAGGUGGCCGGCAACAGAAGGCUGCCUCAGUGAGGGCGGGGGAGAAUGGGGGCAUCCUGUGCUGAUGCUCCCACUCAAGUUGCACUGAAAGUCAGUUCAAGCUCACUUGAUUUUUGCUUCUCAAUCACAACAUCUGUAGACUCUGUAAUCUCUUCUCUGGCCUACUGUUUUUGUUUAUAGCCUACCUGAGUGGUGGUCUCUGGGCUGGAGGUCAUCAGUUAAACCAGCUGUGUCCUCCUCUUUGGGCCUUUUAAAAUGCAUCACAGAAACAUGAAAAUCUACCAAAUACUCAUUGUAGUGUUCCCUUUUUCAGAUUUAUCCUGAUGCUCCUGCUUGAUCAAAGAAGGGAGCAGGGGGACGUUUGCUUUGAGGUUUGUUGUGGAUGCUUGUCACUGAGCUGCUGUGGUGUUAGUGUAAGCUUCCUUUUAGUCUCCAUCCAAAGCUGUGGAUGGGAGGGAACUGCUCUGGCUUAGAAUUGAUUUUAAAUAUUUUCAUAUUUAUGGCCUAGUAAAUUUAGUGAAAGAUGUACCAGGGCUCCCCAUAUUGUAUGAGGGGGUAUUUUUGUCAGGUGACAAAUGUAGAACAAGAUGAGUAAUUUCCAUCUGCAAACCUGCUAUCAGCUGGUCAAGCACUUGAAGUAUCUUAAUUUCUUUUAAGAUGCAUGAUCUUUCUGACAUAGAUUUUAAUUGGCUUAUGUGUUGGUGUGACUCGUUUUUUAUGUUGGAGGGCUGUUGAGCAGGUUACCUAGGAUCUGAAUGACUAACAAAUGAUAUUCACAUUGUGUGUAAAUAGUCAUUUUCCUAGGCUUUGUCCAGGUCUUUUUUUUAUUUGCCGAGUACUCCGUGUGUAUGGGCACAGCAAAACGCAGAGCUCUUCACAAGACUCUUCCCAAGCAGUAAUUUACACAUCCCAUUCAUGUGUUGUAAAUGCUAUGAAGGUGCAGUUUGUUUCCAGUGUGCAAAUUUAGAUAAACCAGGUAGCACAGAUGGCACCCAAGUUGGGCAUAAAUCACUGGUUUACAACAUUCUGCUACUUAUAACUGUGGUAUGACUGUUUUUUUCAUUUUUAUUUAUUCCGGAUGAAAAAUGUACAAGCUAAUUAACAUGUCCACAGUGGUGUUUUUUUAUUUUGAAAUACAGACUUCUGUUUGUGCCUCUCUUUCUUUAGUAUUCAUAACCUGUUUGAUGCUUGGUUAAAAUAAAAUGAACACUUGUUUAAUAUUUGAAA